AGAAACCUGACACUCUAAAUUAACAAAUAUCGUAUGUUAUAUCUCGUAGGUAAUUCUCCAGGUCGAUAAAUAGAAUCUUCAAAAAAAAACAGGUAGCUGUAGCUUUACAUAACGGUUUACACUCAUAUUAUUUACGCCCUGCCAUGCGGCUAUCACACGACGCGCCGCCGACGGUGCAAGUGGAACUGACCAAUUCCAAAGAAAACUCAAGAUACAUAUAUACAUAUACACUCGCCUUCGCUAGUAAACAUAAUCAUUUUUCAGCUGAUCCAUAAUACAUUCAUUAAAACCUCUCCCAUAAUAAUCAUAGUAUAAGGAGUAUAUGCGGUAAGUAUGAUCGGAGGUAACUCUUUGUUUCAAUCAUAUUUGUUGACUGCCGGUACAGAUGUUUUUUUUCAACAUCCUGCAAUGAGUCGGUUCCCGCCGCUGCGCCAGUCUCACGCGAUGUCUGUUUGCAAACACCGUGGCCGGGGACGCCGCUUCUUCAUCAUUAUUCUUGUUAUGUUAACAGUUCGAAAUAUUUGCUCGGAAAAAAUUUUUCGCAAAAUGGUACGUGACAAGUUUAAGAUGGUGCCUCGGCCGUUCAGUGGCGAUGGGCAGCUGCUGUGGAGCGGCGGGCGCGCGCGCGGGGCGCCGGCGCCGGGGGCGGGGGCGGGGGCGGCCGCGCCGGAUCGGGCGGUGUACCGCUCGCAGCGCCCGCGCACGAUCCUGGCGCAGGAGCGGCGCCGCCCCCGCGCGCGCCACGCGCCCCCGCGCCCGGCUACUGCCCGCGACGGGCCCUACAGCGAUGUCUCCAUCCACGAACAAGACACGCUGUUUCCGACAAUAAGGGAGGAACAGGCGCCGCCUUCAGUGAGCUCGGAGCGGCCGGCGGGGCCGGCGGGGGCGGCGGCGGCGGAGGGGGACGAGGAGGCGCCGGGCUACCCGCGGCAGGCGGCACCCCCCGCGCCCGCCGCGUGCGCCUGCGCAGACGUGCUCGAGGCCAACACCACCAUCGACCUGGAAGACAUCUACUCCAGGAUUGACUUGCAGGCGAGUCCUCGUGCUCUACUUUGUUCAUAGUCCAAAACAAAUAAGAACCAUCUCGUAAAAAUAAAAAUGGAAAAUUUA